AUGAUUCCUCCAGUUACACCAGCCAUCGGAUGUGAAAGACUGGAGACGAUUGCUCCUGCUACACAGACUACACGUUGGGAAAGACAGGGGAUGCUUCCUCCUGUUACACCAGCCAUCGGAUGUGAAAGACUGGAGACGAUUACUCCUGCUACACAGACCACACGUUGGGAAAGACAGGAGAUGAUUCCUCCUGUUACACCAGCCAUCGGAUGUGAAGCCCUGGAGACGAUUAAUCCUGCUACACAGACCACACGUUGGGAAAGACAGGGGAUGCUUCCUCCUGUUACACCAGCCAUCGGAUGUGAAAGACUGGAGACGAUUACUCCUGCUCCACAGACCACACGUUGGGAAAGACAGGGGAUGCUUCCUCCUGUUACACCAGCCAUCGGUUGUGAAAGACUGGAGACGAUUACUCCUGCUACACAGACCACACGUUGGGAAAGACAGGGGAUUAUUCCUCCUGAUACACCAGCCAUCGGAUGUGAAAGACUGGAGACGAUUACUCCUGCUACACAGACCACACGUUGGGAAAGACAGGGGAUUAUUCCUCCUGUUACACCAGCCAUCCGUCUUGAAAGACUGGAGACGAUUACUCCUGCUACACAGACCACACGUUGGGAAAGACAUGGGAUUAUUCCUCCUGUUACACCAGUCAUCGGCUGGGAAAGACUGGAGACGAUUACUCCUGCUACACAGACAACACGUUGGGAAAGACAGGGGAUUAUUCCUCCUGUUACACCAGCCAUCGCUUGUGAAAGACUGGGGACGAUUACUCCUGCCUCACAGACCUUAAGUUGGAAAAGACAGAGGACUUUGCCUACUGUUACACCAGCCAUCGGUAAUGAAAGACUGGGGACGAUUACUCCUGCUACACAGACCACACGAUGGGAAAGACAGGGGAUUAUUCCUCGUGUAGCAGAAUUUAAUGUCACCAGUCUUUCACAACCGAUGGCUGAAUUAGUCCUCUGUCUCUCACAACUUGUGGCUCGGGCAGAAGGAGGAAUGAUACCCUGUCUUUCCCAACGUGUGGUCUGUGUAGCAGGACCAACAGUCCCAAGUCUUUCACAACCGAUGGCUGGUGUAACAGGAGGUAGACUUGCGGUCUGUUUACCAGGAGAAAAAGUCCUCUGA